AGGCGCGCACGUAACAAGUUGAGUGGAUUUUCACUAUCUUCAGACAACCAAACAGAACCAGAGGUUUCUCUUUUCUUUGCCAGUAAACUAAAGAAUCAAAUAUUUCACACUGUCUGCGAAGAAGAAGAUAGAUUGAACACACAAAACUCGGGGAGGAGGAGUAGAUUUAAAAGAGAAAUGCUUAGUUUGAAUUCGCUUCUUCGUCUUCCAUUCCCAAACCCUAGUCCUCCUAACUCUUCUUCCUCGUCGUCGAGGAGAUGCGUCUCCGCUUGUCCAAUUCCGGUCGGUUUUUCGGUUCGAUGCAUCUCUAGACGUUUGCGUCGAAAUGAACCUCGGAGAUGUUUCCAACGGGAUGAAGCUUAUUACCUCGAUGAGAAAUCUGAAGAAAAAGAUAGAAAUCUUGAUGUAUUGGUCGGCACAUCGAUAGCUCACUCGACACAGAGAGUUCUGAAGCUAUUGACUGUAUCUGCUCCGCUCGCAUUACUGGGAACUGACCCAGCUUUUGCGGUUACGCAACUUCCCCAGUCAUUUGUCGCUUCUCUUGGAGACCUCGGAGACAUUAGCUCAGGUUUUGCUUCGGCCUUCUUGCUUAUAUUUUUCUCUGAACUUGGAGAUAAAACUUUCUUCAUCGCGGCCCUUUUAGCAGCGAGGAACAACGCUGCUACUGUUUUCGCUGGGACUUUUGGCGCUCUUGGGAUCAUGACGAUUAUAUCUGUAGUGCUAGGACGAACUUUCCACUAUGUCGAUGAAAUUCUUCCAUUCAGGUUUGGUGAGACGGAUUUGCCUAUAGAUGAUAUUGCAGCAGUUUGUCUCCUGGUUUACUUCGGUGUUUCAACGUUAGCAGAUGCUAUCUCUGAUGAUGGACUUAAAGCUGAGGAAGAACAGAAAGAAGCAGAACUAGCGGUUUCAGAGCUUUCAGGUAACGGAGCCGGGUUAGCAGCAGCCGCGAACACCAUCAUCAGCACUUUCGCAUUGGUUUUUGUUGCGGAAUGGGGUGAUAAAUCCUUCUUCUCAACUAUUGCUCUUGCGGCUGCAUCAUCGCCAUUGGGUGUCAUCGCUGGAGCAUUGGCGGGUCACGGUGCUGCGACUCUGCUUGCGGUUUUGGGAGGUUCUUUGCUAGGAAACUUCUUGUCAGAGAAGGCAAUAGCUUAUGUCGGAGGAGUUUUGUUUCUCGUGUUUGCUGCUGUGACAGUGUCUGAGAUCAUUACGUAAGUGACGAAAUUAAUAAUGAUAUUUCUUUUCCUCUUAUUUGUUUGUGAAUUUAAAAUACAAUUUCAUGUUAUUUGUAAAUUUUAUCAUUGUUUACUGUCCACUCUUUUUCUGCUAACUAUACUGUGGAUUCACAGUUUUCAUGUGUACUAUCAAGCAUCGAUGCAUUUGUUUUAGUGGUUA